GUUCCUGCAGCAGGCCUGCUCGUCGCGACUGCGCUUCUUCUCCCUGCCUCACCUGACCGCCCUGCUGGAGGCCUGCACCUCCUCCUCCGCCUCCCCCAGCUGGCAGGGUCUGGGCCCGCUGCUGACCGACCAGCUGCUGCGGGCGCUGCUGGGCCGCCUGGGGGCGCAGCAGCGCGCGGCAGCAGCGGACAGGCAGCGCAGGGAGCUGCAGCAGAAGCAGCAGCAGGCGGCGGCAGCGGCGGCGGCACAGCGGCAGCCUAGCACAUCAUCACCCACGACGCCCCCAGCACCACCAGCACGACCCGCACUACCAGCAAGGGAGGGUGCUGGCUGCACGGGUCGGGCGCUGCUGGCGGCCCUGCGCGGCUGCAUGCACCCGGGGAGUGGGCGGCUGCGGGCGGGGGGUCCGCUGGUGAGCCGGCUGCUGCGGGCGCUGCGGCUGCAUGCGCGGGAGCUGGGGCCGCGGGACGUGUGUGAGGCGCUGAGGCUGCUGGCG